CUAUUGCAACCUACCAAACGACCCUUAAAAUGCUCAACAGAAAAUGGCCAUACGACGUCGUUCAGAGGCUAGGGUGUUCUCCUCUUUCUUCCUCAACAAGCUUUCAAAUUGAGCCAAAUAGUUUGAAUUUUUCAGAUUUUCAGAGCUAUGUACGGAUCAAGAGGGGCAAUGUUGGGGAGCGGGGGGGUUUCAGACGGGUACGGGAUCGGCUCAAAGAGACCAAGAAUGAUGGAAUCAAAUCCCUACUUCGCAGUGAGCAGCGGUCCAAGCAGUUAUCAUCACGCUUAUGGCUAUGGCGGCAGCAGAUCUCGGCCUUCUGGAUUUCCUGUUGUUCGUUUGAGGGGUCUUCCGUUCAACUGCACUGUAAUCGACAUCUGCAAGUUCUUUGCUGGCCUGGAUAUUGUCGAUACUUUCUUGGUCAACAAGGACGGACGGUUCUUUGGGGAGGCUUUUGUUGUCUUUGCUGGUCACACGCAAGUUGAUUACGCUCUUCAACGGGACAGACAGAACAUGGGGAGGAGAUACGUGGAGGUUUUCAGCUGCAAGAAGGAAGACUAUUACCAAGCUGUAGCUGCUGAGGUGAAGGAAGGAGGUUACAAUUGCGUAAAACAUCGUUCUCCUCCUCCAUCUCGACCAAAGAGGUCCAUGAACAAAGACGAUAUUGAGUACACCGAGAUAUUGAAAUUGCGAGGUCUCCCAUACAGUGCUAGAAGAACAGAUAUUGGCAGGUUUUUUGGUGAGGAAUUCAACAUUACACCAGAUAAGAUACACAUUGCAUAUCGUUCUGAUGGAAAAGCUACCGGAGAGGCUUAUGUGGAAUUCGCCUCCGCUGAAGAGGCUAAGAAAGCUAUGUGCAAGGACAAUAUGAAGAUUGGAUUUAGGUAUAUUGAGCUAUUUCCUUCCCAUCCAGAUGAAGCUAGGCGAGCCGAAUCAAGGUCACGACAGUGAUGCCAAUUCUUAAGCAUGACAAUAUUUUCUUCACAUGUCAUAAGUUAAGCUCCAUGGGCAAGAACUGACACCACCACAUUGUAUUUUGAUUGUUGAGAUCCUCUAUAACUCUUGCCUUAGAGGCAAGACUUCAUACACUUGUUAAAGAUCGUCUUGUUUGAUUUACUGUCAUUACUGUAUCUUUUCGUUGACAAAUUGAUAUGAACAGUUUUGUAAUUUGUGGUUCUCA